CACACACAAUGUCACAGUCCCCGCAACCGUACCCGAUAACGCGUCCAAGGUCAUAGAUCGGUCCUUUACGGGGUUCGCAUUCGAGCAAUCAUCAUUCUUUGAUUACUCCUUCGAUGCUCAGGGAAACCCUAAUGAGUUCUCUCAGAACCUAGUUAGCGCCGUUUUGAGCCGCACCAGCGGUACACCUCUGCUGAGGGUGGGUGGGACGUCUGGAGACCAUGGCCGAUACGACCCAUCACAGGAAAAUUCAACCAACUUUCCCGCAACGGAAUUUGGGCCCAAAACCAAGAUUUCGGGUGACAGGCUGGUCCUCGGACCGCCCUACUUCAAGGCCUUCAAGAAUUGGCCUGGGGCUAAAUUUGAGAUGAUGGUGCCGUUUUACAACACCACAUUCAGCCAUACUAUAGCCUGGGCGCGCGAGGGUGUGGAACAAAUGGGCAUGAACAAUUUGUACGCUCUCGAACUAGGCAAUGAGCCUACCUUUUAUCCUUGGUUUUCCAUCGAGGAGUACGUGACGAGAUUCAAGAACCUUCAGGGGCGCCUCAUAGAUGCCAUUCCCUCUUUAGGCGACAAGCGCAUCUUCCAGGCUUUCGACACCGCAUCAUACUCGGCUGGCGACCUCAAAACCAAACCAACUUUCGAGAGCGGCCUAAACGCUGCAGCCCCAAGCAUCAAACAGGUCGCCUAUCAUUACUACCAGAAUCAACAUGGAAUCGCCAACUGGGGCAAUUUCCAAGAAUACAUACGCCACACAUCGACAAAAUCCAAUCUUACCAAUUUCCUUCCCAACAUCAAAUAUCUUGAAGAAGACCACUCUGCCAUCGAGUUUGCAUUCACAGAGGCAGGGUACACCGUCGGCGGUAAGGGCGACAAGGAGCACGUAAUCAAAGCAAACAACUUCGCGUCAGCUCUUUGGUCGCUGGAUUUCCAGCUCUGCGCCAUGAGCAUGAACGUGAGCCGUACCAACUGGCAACAGAUCGUGAGAUCGGAUCUUCAAAUGUGGCGACCAGUCAAGACAUCGUUGGGCGGGCCUCGAGUCACAGCACACUUCUACUCACAACCUUUCGUGGCCGACUUCAUUGGGAAGAGCGGAAAGACACAAGUCGUAGAGCUCGAUGUCGGGAUGCCUCACAAUGGGCUCUAUGCCGGGUAUGGCGCAUACGAUAACGGGAAGCUGGCGCGGGUCGCCCUGUUAAACCUAGAACUCUGGGACCAGAAGCGCAGUAGCGGUGAUCGCCCGUCUGCUAAAUUUUCUCUAUCGGGACUUAAGAAUGCUGGCAGGAAGGUUAUGGUGCACCAUCUCAAUGCAGAAAAAGGCGCUUUGGCGCAGAAUGGUAUGACUUACGCUGGCUUACAGUGGACUUGGGCUUCGAAGGGAAAGCAGAAGAAAGUGAAGGAUGACAGCAGGAUACUUGAUUUUGUCGACUCGAAAGUCGACAUCAUGGUCAAUGCAACUCAGGCAGUGCUACUUGAGAUCCAGUAGGGAGGGGAGAUUCUGUAGAUGAUGGACAUUCGGC